CUCCCCGACGCCGAAGACUCCAUUUGUGAGCAAAGCCGAACGAUGCGAGCUCUCGCUCCUGUUGCCGCCGCCCAGUAACGAGAAACAACUGAGAAAUCUGCCGAAUCCCCCGUUUAGCAGAAAAACCCAGGACCGUGUCAUUUCCGAGACGAACCGCAAAGAGACGGACACAAGCUGUCGUUUCCAAUUUGUUAUCUCUCACCGUCGCUGGCAGGAUUUAAUGCUUUAGCUGUAGUCACCGAGUGAGAGAGAGAGAGAGAGAGAGAGAGAGAGAGAGAGAGAGAGAGCCUAGGGAAGGGACAAGGAAGAAGAGCUAGCAUUUCAUAAAGGGAAAAACGGAUUGCUCGCUAUUUCCGCCGCACCUUUUCACUAUUUUGGAGCACACGCAGAGCCGAGGUUGGUCUAGCCAUGGGAUGUACACUGAGCGCCGAGGAGAGAGCGGCUUUGGACAGGAGCAAAGCGAUCGAAAAGAACCUGAAGGAGGACGGAAUCACUGCGGCCAAGGAUGUGAAACUGCUCCUGCUAGGGGCUGGAGAGUCCGGGAAAAGCACCAUCGUCAAACAGAUGAAGAUUAUCCAUGAGGAUGGCUUCUCUGGAGAUGACGUGAAGCAGUAUAAGCCUGUGGUGUAUAGCAACACCAUCCAGUCUUUGGCUGCCAUUGUUCGUGCCAUGGACACCCUCGGCCUGGAGUAUGGGGACAAGGAGCGCAAAGCUGAUGCCAAGAUGGUGUGUGACGUUGUGAGUCGCAUGGAGGACACUGAGCCCUACUCUCCUGAGCUCCUGACCGCCAUGAUGCGUCUGUGGGCUGAUUCAGGCAUUCAAGAGUGCUUCAGCCGCGCCCGUGAGUACCAGCUCAACGACUCAGCCCAAUAUUACCUAGAUAGUUUAGAUAGGAUUGGUGCUGCAGACUACCAGCCUACAGAGCAGGACAUUCUGAGGACCCGAGUGAAGACCACUGGAAUUGUCGAGACCCACUUCACCUUCAAGAACUUGCACUUCAGGCUGUUUGAUGUGGGAGGUCAAAGGUCAGAAAGGAAGAAGUGGAUCCACUGCUUUGAGGAUGUGACUGCCAUCAUCUUCUGUGUGGCUUUAAGUGGUUAUGAUCAGGUGCUGCAUGAAGAUGAGACCACGAACCGCAUGCACGAGUCCUUGAAGCUGUUUGAUAGCAUCUGCAACAACAAAUGGUUCACAAACACCUCCAUCAUUCUUUUCCUUAACAAGAAGGACAUAUUUGAGAAGAAAAUAAUGAAAUCGCCCUUAACUGUCUGCUUCCCCGAGUACACAGGGCCGAACGUGUUCCUGGAGGCAGUGGCUUACAUCCAGUCGCAGUACGAAAGCAAGAACAAGUCCUUCAAUAAAGAGGUGUAUGCGCACAUCACCUGUGCCACUGACACCAACAAUAUCCAGUUUGUCUUCGACGCUGUCACUGACGUCAUCAUCGCCAACAAUCUGCGCUUCUGUGGUCUAUACUGAGCCUGAGUUUGCACUCAGAUCUUUUAUAUGUUCCUGUUUUGUUCUCUAAGUCUAUCUCUUCAGUGGUGGACAGCAGAAUGAAAGAGCCUCCUCUACAGUCAGGAGAUAAGUUCAGUUUAAGAUUAAGACCUAGCUAUUGAUUUAGGCACAGUGUGGAAUUCUCACAUUCACACAUCACUGUUUAAAGAAGCUGACACGGGGAUGAGAUACAAAUUGAAUACAUUUAAAUACCCUGCUAUCCUCAUCCAGUCAUGUCACCUUUGUCCCUGUAAUUAUCUAAUCUUAAAAUGAUCUCCAUUAUUAUUCAAAGGCCAAAUAAUGAAGUAAAAUGUGGUCAAAUCAUCAGUAAAAUCUUGUAAAGCUUGUAGCAUUGUUUGCCUCACAUGGGCCUUACUGCUGUAGCGCAUGUAUAUUAGUCUUUUAAGACCUCCUCACAUUUACAGUGCCAUAGGUAUGUUUUUUUUUAUGUUGUCAAAACUUGAAUCUCUUUAAGUAAAUGGCAUUAAUAAUUCCAACCAACAAAUGAUGCCUUGAGCAGCUCUUCUGCAGAAAAGGUUCUGCCUCAACAUAAAAAAAACACAACUCAAAUUAUACACUAUACCACUUAUUUGUAUUCUUCCGGUUAAAAUAUAAACGCUAAAAAUACAAUAUUUUAUAUUUAUAGUGGGACUGAAGGUAUAAUAGGAAUUUAUUUUUUAAAAUAUAAUUUUUUUUUUACAUUGUAACAUUUUUCAUGGUGUAUAUAGUCAAAGCUGUGAUUCCACUUUGAUUUUAUUCUGCAGAUCAGAUAUAAUGACAGAAACUGAAGAUUAAUUAGGAAUGAUCAAACCACUUGUGCUGUGUUUUUCACUGUCUGGUGUUGUGCUUUAGGCCUGUGCAUUCAGUGCAGCAAAUGUGCAUUAGCUGUCUGUCAUUCUGUACAGUUUAAUGAUUAUGUCAGAAUGGCUGAGCUAAUACACCUCAGGUUGUCUGCUGUUUAUUUUAGCCCUAGUCUAUAACUACAUAAAGCCUCCAAUCAAUCUCUCCUUUGUCUUCACCCUCCCCUCCCUCCCCUGUGUUAUUGUUUGUUACAGAGUUUGCUGAUAUCCUUGCCUCCUUUUAAGGUUGAGAGAAAGAGAACUUCAACGGGGGGCAGGAAGUAUUUUUAUUCUGGGUUUGACUGGCUGCAAAAAGGCAGAAAGAUCAAACAGUAAUCUAUAAUGUUGGGAAGGCAUCCCAAAGAAUCAUGGAAUUGGCCAUAUCUGAAUUUAAUUAGAAAUGAUGUUUUAGUUACAGACACAUUGCAAUAUUCAUUCUGCCAUUUACCUAAUAAGGAGCACUUAGAGAAAGUGGAAUACUGGAGUCAGAAGACACUCAGCAUAUACAGUACUUCUGUACCCAUUAUCUAUGUGGAUGUAUGUCAUGUUAGGUAGCUGCUUCACUAAUGGAUGGCCUCAGAGCUAUAUUUGCCAUAGAUUUUAGGUGUCCUAAUUUUCCUGUUGCUCCUUGAUUGUACAGCACCGCUGAGAGUAUCAUUGCUGGGUCACCUUAUGGAUCUUGAAUGUAGCAUUUGUAAGACUUUAGUAGUCAUUUCUUCCUAAUGCUGGAAACUCCAAAAUCAAAGCAGCAGCAAAUCAGGGUAGUUACACUGCAGUGUUUCUAAUUAUUAUAUAUGGUACAUAAAGCACUAUCAAGCAUUGAGAUUGUGCUUAAUCACUGGCAAGAUUUUGACAGUAAUUUCUUUUCCCCCCUGAUUAAGUGAACAGUCUUCAGAUGAAAUGAAGUUUCAUAAUAGGAUGUUCUGCUGAUGAUGACGCAAGCUUCUCCUGCUGUUGAAGUACAUUUGAAUGAGUGUGUGUAUGUGUGUGCAAACACCGGCUAAGUGACAGAAGAGCAUUGCAUUCUGAAUCAGUGAGCUCUCAGCAUCUCAGCUGGAAGGUCAUUAUGUGUCUUGUUGCAAAUGCAAAACAAACACUUCACUCUCUUAUCCAUCCAAAUGUGAGAGGCUUUCCAUGUUAACAACAGCCUUCUCCCAGCUCUAUUUCUCGUUUCAUUUCUCUUCAUUGCUCUUCCGAAGAAUGAGCAUGGCCUUAAAGCCUGCUUUUCCACCAGCCUAAUGGUCAAAAAGCUUUAUGCUUCUGAUUAGGUGAAUGAUCAGCAUUAGCUUGUAGUUGCAAGGUAUAAAGGAAAUGAUGCUGUGUUGGUCCUGAGAUGUAUGGGAAAUAAAGUUGUGGGGCGGUCAAAAAGAUUUGUGGGUAAUUGAAUCAGGGGCACAUUGAGUGACUAAUGGCUGAUUGUUCCUGUGGUUUUAUAUGGGCUACAACAGCUGGUACUGCAGCCAGACAGUUGUCAGCAUUAGCUCUGAUUUAUGAUUGAAUAGAAAUAAUCCAUUUGACAUCACAUUACCUGUUGGAAUUAGUUUUAUGGCCGAUUAAAAGAAAUCUUAAAAGGGGACGGUAAAAGAACUUCUGGAAACAGAGCCCUGUUUUUAUGCUCUUUCAUUGUUGCAAGGGAUAUUUGAGUCUCUUUCAUAAAUCAAUCAUUUUUUUAUUAAUUUAUUCAGUGCAAGUAUCAUUAACACUACCAUUGUUGAACUUUCAGUCAACGUAUGAUUAGUUAUAAAACAGGACGCUUGCCUCACAGUUGGACAGUGGUUUUAAAUAAAACCAUCCAUGAUUAAAAGAUCCUGGACUGGGGAAUGGAUUUCAUUAUUGGUAUAAGUGCCAAGCACUGGGUGCUGUUUAGAGUGCCAUCUGUUCAUCUUUCAUUGCAAAGCACCUAGAUGUAGACUCUGUCUAAUACCCUAAUAUCUGAUGACAGCAUCACUGUGUCUUUGUCGGUUUCGUGUCUAUCUGCUGUAGUUUUGUCAGUCACUGCUCUUGAUUAUUUAUUCAACAAUGGAUGUGUAUUUGUGUGUAUGUAUUUAUAUGAACUGAAUAAAGUUCCACUUGAAAUGCA